AGUAGUUUUUAACCUUUCCAUACAAGGAGAAUAACAUAAAUCGGUGUUUUGUGUUUACAAAAAAUAUACCUAAAUAUAUUUUUUUCACGAAAUAUUGCUUAAAAUUAACCAAAACUUAAUUGAAAACGUCACUACAACAUACAUAUUUGUCACAUAAUGUUCGGAGCAAUAGUAUCAGGUCGAUUAGUUCAGACUGAUUUUCAACAAAUCGAAGAAACAAAACUUCUUUUGAAUAUUCCUGAUGCUGAUAAUUUGAAUCAUUUAGUGAUAUUUCUCACUGGAACAACACCUCUGCCGCUUGGAACAGCUGGAGCUGUGUACUGGUCUUGGCCUGAUCCUAAUAGCCCAUCAAAAUGGCAAUAUCUCGGAUACAUAUCCAAUCAGAAACCUUCUGCUAUAUUCAAAAUAUCUCAAUUGAAGAAACUUCAUGAAAUGGAAACUCAUGAUUCAAUGAUGAUGUUUGGGCAGUCAGCGAUUUCCCAUAAUGCUCAGAUUGGAAUUUCAAUCGAGCCAGAAGCUACGGUUGUGCAACAGACUCCAUCAACAACUAAUGAUGCAAGCAGUUAUUAUCAAUUUGGACAAAGGAUGUUAGAAAAUUUCGUGAAUUUUGCAUCAAGUUUCACCAUCACACAAAGUCAAAUGGUUCCCAAUCCAAGUGAAACUUACGUUCCCCUAUCAACUCUCACAACUUGGUUCAACAAUUUUCAACGACGACUUGAACAAAAUCCAAAUUUUUGGAAAUGACGAGAAACGUCUUAUGCUUAAAUGAAGCCGUGAAACUUAUCACCCAAUCCAAAAUAAUUAUUUAAUUUUUGCUGGAAACAAAAGGUUCAUAAUGAUAAAAAUAAAAAGUGAUUUUUGUUCUCUUGUAAUAAA